AGCACUAAAAUAUGCUUUAUCAGGUUUUUGGCAACAGAUUUAACGUGAUAUGUUACUUCUGCGGCAAAUACUCAAAUCAGAUAUUAUCAACGAAAUUAUCUGUUUAGGAAAUGGAAGGGUAUUUAGUCAGAAUCACGUACUUAUAAAAAACCAGAUUCAUUAUCAAAAUAGGUUAUGUUCUCGCCACAACACAAAAUCUACAACAGCGAUGGAAGAAAACGUGAAAUUUAAAUUCACAGAUUAUGAUUGUAUAGGAUUCGACCUGGACAAUACCCUCGCAAGAUACAAAGUGGGAAAUAUGAUAGAAAUGGAACAUGAUAUAAUAUCGAAAUAUUUAGUUAAUAAAAAGGGUUAUUCCAAAGAGUACCUACUGAAGCCCCUAGACCACAAUUUCUUGAUCAAGGGCUUAAUAGUAGAUGAUGAAAAUGGAAAUUUACUACGAAUAGCACCUGAUGGUAAAAUAAUACAAGCCACACACGGCACAAAAUGGUUAACUGUGGAAGAAAUCGAAACUUAUUACCCGAAUAGGAGGUGGAAGGCUACAGAUCUGUUUUCCGAAGACCCUCUGCAAACUUGGAAUGGACCGUACUCGGAAAAAAUGAGGACGUUACUGGACUACUACGAUAUAAUUAUAAGCUUAAUUUUUGCUAGGGCUGUUGACUCGAUAGAUAAAGCGUCUGAUGCCAAGCAUGAGAAAAGGGUUUACAACAUUUGGCCUGAUGUACUAGAGGCUGCGGUGUACAUGUUUAAACGAGAACAUUUCCAGACAAACGAAGGCGAGUACUUUCCCGAGAUUAAAGCUUACCCUGAAAAGUAUUACUAUAAAUGUAGCGAGGAUUUGAUCAAGUGGCUUGUAGCGCUGAAAAAUAAAGGCAAGCAGUUGUUUCUAUUAACCGGUUCGCAUGUAGAUUUUGCCUCUCACACCGCUUCUAACACGAUAGGCCCAAAUUGGAGGGAUUAUUUCGAUAUAGUCGUAUGUUACGCUAAGAAGCCCGGGUUUUUCACCCAGAAGAGAGAUUUUAUUGGCUUAGACGGUUUCACUGAAACAGGCCCCAUAUCUCCGAAAGAUUUAACAAUAGGAGGAAUGUACACACACGGAAAUUGGUGUGACUUGAAGGAUUUCCUUAUAAAGCACUCGAAAGUGGAGAAUCCUAAUGUCCUGUACGUUGGUGACAACCUCGUGCAAGACAUCUACACACCUAACGUUAUCUGUAAAUGUGACACGGUGACGGUAUGCGAAGAGUUAGAAGCAGAGAGGUCUCACGGUUUUACAGAAAAAUGGCAUCCUGAUUGCCAAUUUUUAAUCUCGACUGUGUGGGGUUCGUACUUUCACUGCAAGAUUACAAAUGGUAUUACCAAUUGGUACCAUAUUAUGAAGGAGCAUUCGAGGAUCUGCGUGCCUAGUUUAGAGUACGUAGCUACGUUCCCAGUAGAUCACGAAUUUUCGAGAAUCUCGUAGAACUUCAAGUCUAUCCGAAUGUAGUUUGUUUUAUUUGAUAUUAAGUCUAAGCUUCAUGUUUUAUUGUUAAUUUUAACUGUUUUUAUGUAGAGUUUAUAGAAAAUUCACUUUUUCUUUGAACAGGGUGACCGAAAACCGAUGGCUGGCCGCCGUUACAGGAAAAUGGAAAGAGCAAAUAGAAAACCGCAAGUGGGCAUCUUGAGAACUUUAUAAGUAAUUGAUUGUUCAAAAAUCUGUGACCUCAUCGAAAUUAUUUUUUCCAAUUUCAUAUAUUUUUUUAAACAAAUGAAUACUCAGUGAAAAAAGUAGAUUUGAUUCUGAUUUUUGAGGAAACUAGGAAAGAUUUGAAAUUAGCAGUACGACUUUAUAGAAACAAAUGACUUAUGUCAAUAAUAAUAAUAUCAGUAACAGACUUGAUCGAACCAGUUUUUUCUCUUUUAUAUCUUUUGAACAGAGAGAUGUCGAAAAACUUUUUUAAUAAAAGUUGUUGAGAAAAAUUAGAAAUUUCAUGCAAUGUAAUAAAAGUGCGUGAAAUUGGGAAAACCAAGCACUUACAAUGCCAUAAAGGACCCCAUUUGCGGUUUCCUAUUUUCUCUUUCCGUUUUCCUGAAAUAGCAACCAUCCGUUCUGGAUCACCAUGUUCAUAUAUGUUAAAGUUUAUUUAAAAUACUGUAGGGCUGUUUUCCAUGUUACCGAGAUAUAAAUUUGAAAAUGUUAAACUUAGUAUUAAUAAUAAGUUAGUACGUUCUAAUAAUAGUUCUCUGCCAAAAAACUGAGAAAUAUUUUUUUAUUACUUUCACUGCCAUUAAAAUGCAAUAUAUAUUUUUUAAAACAAAAUUAAGAAUUUGUAAAACAGAUAUUUUAUCAAAAGGUUGUUCGUUUAUAAUUAAAAUGUUAUUUCUGUCAUAAAAAAUAAAUAUGUAGACCAUA